UUUUUUUUUUUUUUUUGAUAAGUAAACGUAACUGAUUGCUCUUAACUACAAAGUUGAAUGAGGUCGAUUGUGUUAUUUUUACGUUUGAAAGUGAUCUUGAAUUUUUCCUGCUUUUUGUUGAAGAUUGUUUCUGGGUUUGCUUUGGAGCUUAGAUUAACUGAGAUUUGCCUUUUUGGUCAUAAUGCACGGGAAUUUGGUGUCAUGUGCUGAUUCGUUCAAAUUUUGCUUGAAUCUGCGUCUUCGUAUAUAGAAAUCGAUUAGAAGAACGCACGAUCUUGGGACUCUUAAUCGCGUGUUGUAGAAUUUAUGCUGUUUUUGGGACUUAUGGCUGCUCUUAGGGACGUGCUUUUGGUUUGGAUGGAUGAGCAGCUUGGCAUCUGAUUAUUAUCGAAGAACAAAUUUGGUUUUAGGGCCUCAGGUGGAAGGGAGUGGUUGCAAGUGGAAUGUGAUCUCUUCAUAUUUAAUUAAGGGGCAAGGUACAACUUUACACCAAGAAGAUAAUAGUCACAUGAUUUAGUUAAUUAUGAGUUGUAGCUGCUUUGGGGCCUCAAAAGUCAGGCGGAUGGAGAGAUCUGCUCCUCAUGAAAUAGUAGAGAACUUGCAUGUGAAUAUUAAAUAUUUCCACUACAAUGAAUUAAGAUUGGCGACAAAUGAUUUUCAUCCAGGCAAUAAGUUAGGCCGAGGGGGUUUUGGAACUGUUUACAAGGGAACCCUAAAACAUGGAAAAGAAGUUGCUGUGAAGACACUUUCUGCCCAGUCGAAGCAGGGAUUACGUGAGUUUUUGACCGAGAUUAAUACCAUAUCAAAUGUCAGGCAUCCAAACCUUGUUGAGUUGGUAGGCUGCUGUGUUGAAGGAUCCAACCGAAUUUUGGUCUAUGAAUAUGCAGAAAAUAACAACCUCGAUCGUGCAUUAUUAGGUUCAAAGAGUUCGAAGAUCAACUUGAAUUGGGAGAAAAGAUCUGCUAUUUGCAUAGGCACUGCUAGGGGUCUUGCAUUUCUUCAUGAAGAGCUUGUACCACAUAUUGUUCAUAGAGACAUUAAAGCUAGUAACAUACUUCUCGAGAAAGAUUUUAACCCCAAAAUUGGAGACUUCGGGCUGGCUAAACUUUUCCCGGAUGACAUCACUCACAUAAGCACAAGAAUUGCGGGAACAACUGGUUAUUUGGCACCAGAGUAUGCCUUGGGGGGUCGUUUAACUAUGAAAGCUGAUGUUUACAGUUUUGGAGUUCUUAUACUUGAAAUUGUUAGUGGCAGAAGCAGUGCAAGGGAAAACUGGGGAGGGACGGAGAAAUUUCUCUUGGAAUGGGCAUGGCAGCUCUACAAGGAAGAGAGACUUUUGGAGCUUGUGGAUCCAGAUAUACAAGAAUUUCCCGAGGAAAAAGUCAUCAGAUACAUGAAGGUAGCCUUUUUCUGCACCCAAGCAGCAGCAAGCCGAAGGCCCCUGAUGAGCCAGGUCGUUGACAUGCUUUCGAAAAACAUCCGGCUCAAUGAGAAACAACUUACUGCCCCUGGCCUUUUCACAGAUUCGGGGGCAUCUUCCUCCAAAAAAGAGUUAUCCUCCGAGAGCACCAGCUAUCAGAUGAGCUCAGUCCCAGUAACAAUCACUCAAGUAACCCCUAGAUGAAGAACGAGGUUUAAUCACUCCGGGGUGGAUACAACUCACCAAAAGACACCACCAACUUGUCAUAGAGUGCAUGCAUCUCCCAUUAGUCAAAAUUAUUAUCAUUUUUUUUGUUUACUUAGUCACUUAAUUGUUAUACAUUUUUUUGGCCUUUGUAUUGGGGUAUUCGAGCAUAAUCUCUUUCACACAAACGCGCACACCAUUUUUUUUCAGGUCCCAGGAUUACUUCAAGUGGGAGAUCUGUGAUCGCGUGGAUGGCAUACAGUACAAUUGUGCAGUAUUUCAUGUCAUCGUUCAUGUAGACAUAUUGUUAUAUAAGCAGAACAGUGAUUUUGUUAA